ACCAUCACCACCACCAUCACCAUCGUCACCAGCACAGCUCCCGCUCACCCGGUCGCUCGCCGAGCCGCGACGACAGUGGCGAUGGAUUUGAGUUCCCGGCCAACGCGGCUGUGUUGUUUGUGGAUAUGCGUCCAUCAGCCGAGUAUGAGAAGCGGAGGAUUUCCGGAUCGGUUAACCUGUAUCUUCCGCCGAUCAUGCUCAAGCGAUUCAGCCGUGGGUCAAUCUCCAGCUUCCAGAUGGCCAACUUUCUUGGCUCGGACCAGUCGCGGAAAGACUACGAAAAGUGGCGUCAAGAAGGUGCCCUGAGCAGCGAGCCCUGGAUGCUAGUGUACGACGACCACAUGAACCGUGAUCAGUCGUCUGACUCUUGGGGCCUCAUCUCGAUCCUGGAGAAGGAGAUCAGCCUCGUGCAGCUGUCGCAGGGCCGGGGGCCGGGCUCGGAGAUGGUGCUUCCGAAUGGGAAGGUGGUCCAGCUCGUGUACCUCGAGGGCGGCUUCAACGCCUUUGUGACGCUUGCGGGCAGCCAUCCGUUUGUGGUCCACGACUCGGUCCUGGCCGGGGUGCAAACUACGGACAUACGAAUCCCCUCUGGAGCCAUUGCGGCCACAGCUCCGACGGAGCUCAAGGUCAAGGCGGCGAGCAAGCCCGAGUCGAUUCGAACGGAUGCUGUGUCGCCGCUGGUGAAGAGUGCCGUGUCGGCCUCGCGGCCGUCGCCGAUACGGCACCCUAGUACCCGCAAGGUUUCCAACUUUUCGAUCGACACAACGCCAACCAAGGACAGAGCGUUCGGCUCGACCCCUCUCCGUGCGCUAUUGGAGAAGGGGACGCCGUUGCGAGCCGGCAACGUACUCUCGGAGCCGGACCUUGCCACAUCGACACGAGCGGCGCCGCCGGAGUUGCCGAGCCCCGAUGAAUCGGAGCAACCGGCGCCGAUGCCGCCGAUAACAGAGAUUCGGCCGUUCUUGUUUCUAGGCUCGGACGCACUGCCUCAGUCGAACGACUGCGUUACGCAACUGCAAAGGUUUGGAGUUACGCACGUCCUCAACAUGGCGGCAGAGGUCAAAGUCGCCAAGGAGCUAUCCCACGGCCGGACGCUGCACUACCACCACAUCAAGAUGCACGACAGCGCGGAACAGGACGCCGAGGCCCCGAUGAAGGAGGCCUUACAGUUUAUCGUGGAUGCAAAGGCCGCCAACAAGGAUGCCAAGAUACUCGUUCAUUGCCAGGCCGGUCGGUCUCGAUCGGCGACGGCAGUGAUUGGAUAUCUCAUCAAGGGCGAGAAGAUGCUGCUGAAGGAUGCCUACGAGCACGUCAAGCAACUGCGGCCCGGUGUGUGCCCCAACAUUGGGUUCAUGCUGGCGCUCAUGCGGCUCGAGAAGGAAGUGCAUGGACUGGCGUGCUCGAGCACGGACAUUGCCAGCCUGAGCAGCUGUGCAAUCAACAAGCACUGAUGCAUGACGAGGCCGCGUGUGUGUUGGGGCCUUGGAUGAAUACAGGCAACGGUGCCGUCAUCGA